GAGAUCCUGAAACCUGGACCCUGUGCUAGCUGCAGCUCAAGGAGGAGGCGGAGGAGGAGGCAGAGCGCGGGAUGGGCGCUGAGGGGGAUCCGUGAUCCCGCGCUUCCCCGCCCCACGCGCGCGCGCACACACACACACUCUCUCUCACACACACGCACACACACACUCGCACAAACACACGCGUACACGCCCGCGCCGCGCGCUCGCCGGUUGGAUCUCCCACGCAGGCGGAAUGCAGCAGAGCCCGGGGAGCGGGUCUCCGACCGCUGCUUGAAUGCACCUCGCUGCCGGGAGCCGGACGGCCCAGUAGGGCGCACGGGAGGAGGCUCCGCCGAAAGAGCCUGGACAGUUUAAGACAGUGCAGCCUUGCUACAUGUUGUAAGAAAUGGCUGUAGGAAACAACACUCAACGAAGUUAUUCCAUCAUCCCGUGUUUUAUAUUUGUUGAGCUUGUCAUCAUGGCUGGGACAGUGCUGCUUGCCUACUACUUCGAAUGCACUGACACUUUUCAGGUGCAUAUCCAAGGAUUCUUCUGUCAGGACGGAGACUUAAUGAAGCCUUACCCGGGGACAGAGGAAGAAAGCUUCAUCACCCCUCUGGUGCUCUAUUGUGUGCUGGCUGCCAGCCCAACUGCUAUUAUUUUUAUUGGUGAGAUAUCCAUGUAUUUCAUAAAGUCAACCAGAGAAUCUCUGAUUGCCCAGGAGAAAACAAUUCUGACCGGAGAAUGCUGUUACCUGAACCCCUUACUCCGAAGGAUCAUAAGAUUCAUAGGGGUAUUUGCUUUUGGGCUUUUCGCUACUGACAUUUUUGUCAAUGCCGGACAAGUGGUCACGGGGCACCUGACGCCGUACUUCCUGACGGUGUGCAAGCCCAACUACACCAGCGCAGACUGCCCGGCGCACCAACAGUUCAUCAACAACGGGAACGUCUGUACUGGGGACCUGCAAGUGAUAGAGAAGGCUAGGAGGUCCUUUCCCUCCAAACAUGCUGCUCUGAGCAUUUACUCCGCCUUAUACGCCACGAUGUACAUCACAAGCACAAUCAAGACGAAAAGCAGUCGACUGGCCAAGCCGGUGCUGUGCCUCGGGACCCUCUGCACAGCCUUCCUGAUGGGCCUCAACCGGGUCUCUGAGUAUCGGAACCACUGCUCCGAUGUGAUCGCGGGCUUCAUCCUGGGCACUGCUGUAGCCCUGUUUCUGAAAUAUGACUGCGUAUUCCCCCGUGGGUCAGGAGUAGGAUCGCUUCAGGAAGGACGGCUUGCUCCACUUGCUUCAACCCUGGCCUUGGGGCUGGGCAGACGCAAUUUAGCAUACCUUCAAGCCAUGAUUCUCUAAAUACUUGUUCAGAAUGUACUGGGAGUAUAAGCUAAGUGUUGCUUGGGGGAAGAACAGAGAACGAAGUACUGACGCAAGCAGGCAGCUCCUUCUCCAGCAUUUCAAGAAACUCCACUCUGGCCCAGACUUGCAUAUCCCACUCAGAAAUAUGAAAACCCUCAGCUAACCACACCCAGACUUUUUAGGGGGCCUCUGUUAUCUGAACAUGCCUCUUGGGCAUCUUAACCUCUCAAGUGGUUAAGUGGCCUCUCAACCACAUGAUACUUCCUGGAGAAGGGUUUUGGUUAAUUUUUAUUGUUUUUUUAAAUUUUUACAGAUUUGAGGUAUGAUAGGCAUACAAUAAAUGGCACAGGAAGUGUAUAAUUUGACCAAUUUUGACCUACAGAUACAUCCUUCUCUCCCACCCUUCCUUUCCCUUCAUUCCUAAGCAACCAUUGAUCUUCUGUAUUAGAUUACCCUAAGAUUUAAUAUUAAUGGAAUCAUACAGUAUGAAAAUUUUUCCUGGCAUCCUUCAUCCAGCAUAAUUAUUUUGAGAUUUAUCCAUGUUGUAAGCAUGUUAUCGGUAAUUCCUUUUUCUUGCUGUGUAGUAUUCCAUUGCAUGGGCAUACCAUAGAGGUUCAGUAUUAAAAAUUAUCUUCAAAGAUUUAAAAUAUACCCAGAAGGGACUUCCCUGGUGGCGCAGUGUUUAAGAAUCCGCCUGCCUAUGCAAGGGACACGGGUUCAAGCCCUGGUCCGGGAAGAUCCCACAUGCUGCGGAGCAACUAAGCCCGUGUGCCACAACUACUGAGUCUGCGCUCUAGAGCCCACAAGCCACAACUACUGAGCCCGCAUGCCACAACUACUGAGCCCGCGUGUCUAGAGCCCGUGCUCUGCAACAAGAGAAGCCACCACAAUGAGAAGACCGCACACCGCAAUGAAGAGUAGCCCACCACUCGCUGCAAGUAGAGAAAGCCCAUGCACAACAAUGGAGACCCAACGCAGCCAAAAAUAAAUAAAAUAAAUAAAUUUAUAAAAUAAAAUAAAAUACACCCAGAAGGAUUUACAGUAAAUCACUAGGCCUGCAGAUGUGCAUGAAAUCAAUCUCCUAAUAACAUUCAGCAGGCCUCCCCUAGGAGACAGAAGCCAUCACAGCCUGGAUGUCCUUCCUCCCCUUCUGCCCUUUCUGGUCCAAGGCACCCGUUAAGACUAACAUCACACGUAGAUGGAUUUCACAGGCCUAUGACCUAACUUCUCCUUGUCCUAUCCCUUCCAUACGGGGAUUCUGUAUGUAUGUCCUCCCCAACAUACAAAAUGCACAUAUGCCUCUCCCAACCUCUAACUCAGUUUCCCAACAUUUUUAGCUGCUCAGAUACACACAGAAAAUGCUCGCAUUUACUCAGAACAUUCAUUGGCAAGCUCCAUUUGAAUUCAAAAUUAUUUGUAAUGGAUCCAGUCUUUCUUUCUAAAGUGAAAGAUGAGGGACUUAAAUGCAAAUGCUCUGGGUGAAGCAGCAGGAAAAGUGGUGCUGAGGUGAUCCUGAGAUGCUGAGCUCUCAGAAGAUGUUCCCCUAAGGGUGCUUUGUAAACGGGGGAGAGAACACAGGUGACUUCAAGAGAAGAGAGGAUUUUACAAGCAGAGAUCAAUAGUACAUAAAUGAAGGCUUGGACUCCAAAGAAACACUUUUGCUGUCCCCAUCAGUCCUGGAUCCAGCUCAACCCCAGCUAUAGGGAAAAAGCGGUACUGACUGUUCCAAUUUCAUGGGGUCU